AUGAAGUCGAGCGAUUCAUUUGCGAAUGGUUUUAAAAAAUUGUAUCCUCGACAAAUCUUCGCGAUUGAAAACGUACACGACAAAAUUAAACGAGUGGUUCAUCUGGCAGCACCGCAUGUUGUUCCAGGGGCAAAAAAGGACUGGAAGAAUUGGCGAAAGACAUGGCAGGAUUUAAAAUCCAGAACAAAAAAUAAAGCUGGGAAUAUUAAAAAGCAUGCAAGAGGUACAGGUGGUGGCCCUCCUUGCUUAGAAACCAUGACAUUAGUGGAGGAUGAAGUUUUAGAGGUGAUAAAGGCAGUGUCUGUCGAAGGACACCAACAAUCUAAAGAAUCCCACACUGAAUUUAAUUUUUACAUGUCUGAUGGUGAUGGUGAUGGUGAAUUCAACAUGUCAAAUGAUGAAUUUGUUUUGCCAAUGCCAAGUCUUCCAGUUCCUUCAACAUCAACUGCCCCUGUUCCUCCAACAUUAACAAUUCCUCUUCAAAAACCUUUAAAAUCGAAAGAAAGUUUGAUAAUUCCAAAAAAAACAGCACUUUCACAUACACUUAAGGCUGUUGCUGAUUUUAGAGCAUCUAUGGAAUCAAAGGCAGAGGCCAAAAAAUCCUACCAGGAAAAAAAAUUAGCCUUGCUGGAAAGGAAAGUUGAAGCAAAAGAAAGGAGUGUGGAAGUUAAAGAGCGAAUAGCGGCAGCCCUGGAGGCUAUAGCUGAAAGUAUUGCAUAG